UUCCAAUACAUCCAUUUACUUAUAAAUAAUAACCAUGCCUCCAUCAAUGAAUUUGGGCGAGGUGUAGAAGAAAUUGAACGAAUUAUCUGAAAUUUGUAAUAGAAAAGGGUGUAAGGAUUUCUGGGUGACUGGUUAUUGUGUUUAAAAUGGCGGGAACGGGAGAUAUAGCGCUGAAAAUGGCGUCUGAUGAUUACCCAACAAGAAGAAAAGAGGCAGCAAGAUGGCUAAGAAAGACAGUAGGUGUAGUGGUUGCAAAAGAUUUGCCGGCCGAGCCUUCGGAAGAAGAUUUUUUGCAAGGAUUAAGAAGUGGGAUGAUCCUUUGUAAUCUUGUUAACAAGUUGCAACCUGGUGCUAUUCCUAAAGUUGUGGAAGCGCCUUCGGCUGUCUUCAAUGAACCUGAUGCGGAAGCUCUAUCUGCCUACUAUGAAAAUAUAAGAAAUUUUCUUGUAGCCGUAGAAGAUCUUGGCCUUCCAACUUUUGAUUUUGAUGAUCUAGAAGAGGGGGGAGAUUUUUCGAAAGUGGUAGACUGUUUACUAGCCCUGAAAUCGUUUAGCGACUGGAAAAAGUUAGGUGGAAGUGGGUCACGCAAAUUCUCAGGGUCGAAAUCCUCUCCAAGCGCGAAGUCAUUUAAUCGCAGAAACUCAGAACCAUCAAUGACUCCCCUCUCAAGAACUCAAUCCGUUGGCAGUGACAAGUCAUUUGAUACAUUGGAUCAAAGUGGGAAUGCGAGUGACGCUAAUGAAGAGUCCGAUUCUGGGCCAUUGUUCACGAUUGUUUGUGAUCUACUUGAGGAUAAAGAGGAAGAAGACAUUCCUAUUAUUGUCGAGAAUAUACUGAAUAAACUCACUGAAGAAUUUGAAAAUAGAUUGGUAAAAAGAAUACAAAGAGUAAGCUUAGUUACUUCUCAUGGGUUAUCCACGACUGAGACUCCUAGAACUCUUUCUGAAGCUAUAAAGCCAUCCAAUGAAGUAAAUAAUGAGAAGGAAGAAGCAACCCAAACGACUAAAAAAGAGGAACACGGUAGUGUAGAGGAUGAUAAAGCUAUAAAGGAGCAAGAACGAAUCAGUAGAGAGAGAGAAUUACUAGCACAACAAGAAAAGGCUAGAAAGCAGCAAGAGGAGAAGGAACGAGCUGCAAGGGAGGCACAAGAAAGAGCUGCUAGGGAGGAGCAAGAAAGAGCUGCAAGGGAGGCACAAGAAAGAGCUGCUAGGGAGGAGCAAGAAAGAAUUGCAAGGGAGGAGCAAGAAAGACUUGCAAGGGAGGAGCAAGAGAGACUUGCGAGGGAGGAGCAAGAGAGACUUGCGAGGGAGGAGGAGGAGCAAGAGAGACUUGCGAGGGAGGAGCAAGAGAGACUUGAGAGGGAGGAGCAAGAAAGAAUUGCAAGGGAGGAACAAGAAAGACUUAGAAAGCAGCAGGAGGAGGAGGAAAGAGCUGCAAGGGAGGAGCAAGAACGCAUCAAGAGACACAAGGAAUUAUUAGAAGAACGAGAAAGGCUUAGGAAGAUGAAGAAGGAGGAUAGGGAAAGAGCUAAAAGGGAGCAGCAAGAACGCAUCAAGAGAGAGAAAGAAUUACGAGCACAAGAAAAGGCAGCUAGAAAGGAGGAGGAAAGAAUGGCAAAGGAGCAAGUACGCCUCAGGAGAGAGAGAGAAUAUCAAGAAGAACAAGAAAGGCUUAGAAAGCAGGAGGAGGAGGAGGAAAGAGCUGCAAUGGAGCAAGAACGCAUCAUGAGAGAAUUAGAAUCACUAGCGCUACAAGAAGCCGCUAAAAGGGAGGAAAUUAAAGCUGCAAAGGAGCAAGAACGCAAGAACAUAGAGGAAGAAAUACUGGCACUGAAAGAAAAGGCUAGAAAGAUGGAGGAGGAGAGGAGAGCUGCAGAGGAGGAAGAAAGAAUCAUUAAAGAGAAAGAAUUACUAGAAGAAGAAGAAAGGGCUAGAAGACAGGAGGAAUAUAGAAGAAGAAUGGAUGAAUAUAACAAAUUACAUGCAAAAACAGCAAAGAGUGGGGUGCUAGUUCAACAGCAGCAUACAGAGUUACAGGAAUUGAGAAACACCCUUUCUACUGCAAAAAUAGGUGUGCAGUCGAUGCAAAAGGACUAUCUAGAGGAAGCUGAUAAUCUAGGAAAGCAGGUGCGUAGUGUAUGCCAAGCUGCAGCCGGGUACAAGAAGGUUUUGGAAGAAAACAGAAAGCUAUAUAAUCAAGUGCAGGACUUGAAAGGAAAUAUCAGGGUAUAUUGCAGAAUAAGACCCUUUUUGCCUGGGCAAGAGAAUUGUGUGACGAGUGUGGAUUACAUAGAUGAUGAUACCGUAACAGUUAUUGUUCCUUCAAAAUCUGGAAGAGAAGGUCGGAAAGCAUCGAUGUUUACUAAAGUCUUUGGUCCAUCUGCAACUCAAGAAGAUGUAUUUGCAGACACCCAGCCAUUGAUACGGUCCGUUCUUGAUGGAUUCAAUGUUUGUAUAUUUGCAUACGGUCAAACAGGUUCUGGGAAAACUUACACACUGACUGGACCCAGUGACCUUACACCAGAAACGAUGGGUGUAAACUACAGGGCUUUAAAAGAUCUAUUCCUUAUCUCAGAGGAGAGGAAGGACGACAUGUCCUAUGAGAUUUCUGUCAAUAUGCUUGAAAUUUACAAUGACGAAGUUAGAGAUCUCCUUGUGACGGAUGGAAAGAUCCGUAACGGAGCACAGAAGGGGAUGAAUGUACCUGAUGCUAAUCUUGUACCCGUUACAUCAACAGAUGAAGUCGUAAAUCUAAUGAACCUUUCUAAAAAAAAUCGUGCAGUAAGUUCAACCGACACGCAUGAUAGCGGUAGUCGCUCCCACAGUUUCCUUACCGUUCAUGUUUUUGGGAAAGACCUGACAACCGGGACAAAAAUUAGAGGUUGUAUGCAUCUGGUUGACCUUGCUGGAAGCGAGAAGAUUGACGAUUCGGAAGAUGAAGCAGCACACGUAAGCAAAUCACUUUCGGCUUUUGGGGAUGUCAUGGUAGCUCUUGCCCUUAAAAGUUCCAAGGUUAAUUACAAGAGUUGCAAACUCACACAAUUGCUCCAAGAUGCUCUUGGAGGACAAGCAAAGAUCCUAGUGUUUGUCCAUGUACAUCCUGAUCUUGAUGAGGCUCUAGAAACAGUUAACACACUUAAAUUUAUCGAAAGGUUCUCCACAGUCGAAGGUGGAGCUGGUAAAUCUGGGGAAGUGAGGGAGUUGAAAGAGCAGAUCGCGUUACUAAAAGCAGCCUUAGCCAAGAAGGAAGCGGGAGAGGGUCAGUCGCAAGAGUUGAGGACUAGUGCAAGCCUUCAAGAAUUAUCAACGAAUUCACCAAGAAAGGGGGACUUGGAAGACGAU